UUUUCAGGCAAUCACAUUUCAAGUGAUUUUGAUUUCAGGAGGUGGUUAUUAUUUCAUUUUGAUGAAUUAUGGUGACUGUGUUGCUAUAUCCAUACCAGUGGAGGCAGGAUACGACACCAUAAACUCCACUGACUACUAUCGAAUUCAUUAUUCAACAAGUGGCAACUACCUCCCAAACCUCAAAACCACGACUAAUGUAAAUGUUCCGGGUCGUUGGGCCUUUGCCGUGAACGACAGACCAGCUCCAGAAAUAUUCUACCCAUUCGGCUCAGCAGCAGGAGACACAAGAAAUGCUGCUGCUGAUGAUGGAAGCUCCUCACUUAUUCAGCUUUCGAGUCCAUUUUUGUUCUUUGGUCGCACUUACCAGCAGAUUUAUGUGAAUAAUAAUGGACAACUCACAUUCAACCAGUCUUCAUCAGCAUAUAUUCCCUACUCAUUUCCCAACAAUGGAAGCCAAGAUAUAAUUGCAGGUCUCUGGACAAACCUUGACAACAGUGUGAGAGGUUUUGUUUCACAUCAUCAGUACACCAGUGGAAAUGUUCUCACACGCGCCACUCAGGAUAUAAACACACAUUUCCCAAAUCUGAACUUCACUGCUUCUUGGGUCUUUGUUGCAACGUGGAAUAAAGUGGCUUACUACAAUUUCACCAACACAGAAACAUCAUUUCAAGUGGUUUUAACUUCUGGCAGUAAUUAUUCAUUUAUUCUGAUGAAUUAUGGGGACAUUGCUGUAACUGGACAUCCAGUGCAGGCUGGUUAUGACACAGUAAACUCCACACACUCUUUUGUGAUUCCUGAAUCAGUUAAUGGGAGCUUCAUCUCAAACCUCAUGAACUCCAGUAAUGUCAAUGUUCCCGGUCGAUGGGCCUUCAGGGUGGACAGUGGACCAAGAAACAGCAUCUUGAAAAACAAUGUAGUUGGAUUUCGAGUGAAACUUUCCUCAUUUUUAGACCUAACACAGAGUGGAAACAUGGAAAUUGUUUUACAGCAAAUAAAACAGGAGCUGGUCAAGUACGGUCUGCCAAACAGCAUUGAGCUGAAAUUAAGAAAACUACUAAAGAUAAAGCCAUAAUUUCAUUCUCCUUUAGGAAAGAAGUAAAACCAUUUUGUUUAACAUCUGACAACAAAUAUCCCUGACGACUAAUGAAGUUAAAGCUUCAGUUUGUCAUUAAGGUGGUUUCAUUUAAAAGAUUAUAAAGGACACAAACCAGCAUGAAAGUAUCAUAGAAGAGGUUCAUUAGUAAUUGUCAUUAAUCCUCUAUUUUUCCUUUGCCCAUCAAUCAUGCUGUGUGUAUCAAAUUUCAGCUGCAGACAAUUAAAACAACAAAAUCUUUACUUAAAGUAAAACAGUUUUUCUCAUUCACCUUCUUUAGGACAAUAUAAGGAUACAAAAAUUUGACUAGUAUAAUGUACAGUAUACUUAAAUGCAGUGUAUGUUGCUUUGAAUAAGUGUGCAUCUUUGAAUCUCAGUGCACGAUUCUUCCUGCUGUAUUCUGUCUGUAAAAUCACUGAAGCGUAUGGACAUUUAAAUUUGUGUCUUAAUAAAAAUAAUAUUGUUUGACUA